CAUGUUAUUGAGCCAUUUUUAGUUUAUACUUUUGAGACUUUAAAGAAGUUUUCAUCUGACAUUAAGCUAGAAUAUUUCAAUUAUUUUUUAUUUUUUUUAAAUCACUUUUUCAACAGUCAUAAUCAAUACUGAAAAAGAGUUUGGGGUUAUCGAUGUUUUAUCUUAUUUGGUAAAUGUUUUGGUCAAAAGAAGUUUUUCCUUUUUUUGUUCAAAUUUUAUUUUGUACACAGAAUAAUUUCUCAUUUUAGUAAUUUUCUGCAAUAAAAAAGUAUUUUUUGAUACAUUUUGGGUUUAAAUUAUAUACUUUAAUUUUUUGUUGUUUUGGUUCAUUUGAUUCAGUUUUUAUGAGAAAUGUUUACAUUAAAUUUGAAUCGACACCUCUAAAUGAAGACUUUAAUAUAUUUUGGAAUUCCUCCUUUUCUUGGAUAAUCAACGUAAUUAAAAAACAUUUAGUUUAAAUCAAUAAAAAAACUAUUUUUUAUCAAAAAUUAUAUUUAAAGCAACUCAUGCAAUUUUCAGCAAGAAGUAAAGGAGAGCCACAGCCAUUGUUUGUGUUUCGUUCUUCCCUUGUGUGUAAUGUUUUGGUGUAAAUGAUGAAGCCUGUUCCAGAGCCACUUUACAGUGCUAAAUAAAAAAGGAAAUUUCAUUUAUGAGUUAUUGUAGCUAGCCACACGUGCCAGUAUGGGAUCAAUAAUCUGAAAUGUUUCUGUAUUUUGUUUGUGAAACUUUUUGCACAUCAUUUCAAAAGGCUGACACGUUUUUCCCACCCAUAUUUACCUGUGUUUGCAAGGGGAAUUUUUCUUUGCUGUAGCAGUUUUUAUGUAACAAAGGAUAUGUCACAGUAAUAAAUUCUUUUUAUUAAAACAUGCAACUGUUUGCAGUUAAUUUAAAUUUUUUUUUUUUUUUUUGCUUGUUUGUUUGUUUGUUUAAAAUAGCGUUUGUUUGUCGAAAAACCACCACUGAAAUUUUCGACAGUCAAUUUUCAUGUAAUUACUACAUUUCCCAUGAUCCUCUCGUGCCGUGGGCGAAGGAAGCGAACGCGAAUCAGCUAGUUGGUUUUUUACUUGAUUUUAAUUUGAUUUUAUCAAAUAAACACAGCCGUUUAUUAAUUGAUAAAUGAUUGAAUAGGUAUACAAACUUUUUCUUUGUUAAAAUAUUCCUGCAGCCCCGACGAGCAAUUGUCGUCAAAGGCGGAAUUUCCCAAAAUAAGCGGACACUCGGACUGAACUCCACACUGUUAUCAGAUCAACAGUGAUGGUGUUCAAACUGUUUACACAGUAAGUUCUCCUGAAGAUCUGAUGAAAGAUUCCUGCAGCUUUACAGGAUCCGGUAUGGAAGACAAGUCAAAUGGAUCAGUCGACAGCAAAAAUCCAGUGGAGAACGGGCAGCUGCCAGACCCGUCCAACUGGGGGGUUGCUGAUGUUGUCAACUAUUUCAAAGCAACAGGAUUUGAGGAACAAGCUGUUGCAUUCCAGGAUCAGGAAAUCGACGGCAAGUCCCUGCUGCUGAUGACGCGUAACGAUGUCUUGACGGGGUUGUCAAUAAAGCUGGGCCCCGCCCUGAAGAUCUACGAGUAUCACGUGAAGCCACUGCAAACCCAGCACCUGAAAAUCAACGCCUCCUAGCACUGCAGGUCCCCCCACGACCCACCUCAGUGACAAUCAUGCCAGGAGAUCCCAGGUUAGCUGCCAAGACUCACCAGUCCACAGUGGCACCUUAACUGAAUGCUGUAAUGCUUUUUUAUAUCAGUAGAUCCCAAAAAACGAUCCGUCACCUCAGCUGUUGAUCCUAUCAGCCAUUCUUAUUUUUGCUGCUUGGCACUUGUGUUUUUUUGUUUAUUUUAUUUAAAAAGAAAGACGAUUAGAGUGUAUACUCUGCAGACGUGAUUGAUGUGUGUGUGUGCAAAGUAAAUUAAAGUAUGAUGAGAAGACAUUUAUGUAAAUAAGAUGGUCUAUAGAUGAAAACUGUAAGUUCUGUCCUACCCUGCAGAAAAAUGCAUUCAGUUUCAAUUUAGUCUUAAAUCAGUUUUUAUGUUUUAAAGCUGUGCGUAUCAGUCCACCAGUUGUUCGGAGCAUGUUAUAUAACUCAUUUUCUUUCUUUUUUUUUCCCGACUUAAGCACCAAACCAAAAGUCUCUUUAUUAUUCACAACAACUUAUUUAAGGUUGAGGCUUUUGAUAUUGAGAUAUUUAUGUGUAAAUACUCUGGUGUACCUACCUGUGGUGCUUUCAGCUUUGUCGCACAGACAACUGUUUUAAAGUGCGUGUGACUUAUGUACAUGUUCAACAUAACACUGGAGUUUGAAUAUUCAAAUCUGAGAUUUGCAAUAAAUGGUGCUUUUUUUCUCACCAAAGAACAA